AGAGGUUGGAAAAAAGGAAAAGCGCUUUUAAAAGUCCUGAUGCGCAUCUGGAUGAUGACGUUUGAACGGACACGCUUUGCGCGCGGCGCCUACCUGCCACCGAGAGCAGCGACAGCCCAGAAGAGCCGCGGGCGCCGCGAUGCUGAUGUUGUCGGGGGCUUUGACUUCUCCCAGCCAUUACGAAGGAGCUGCUCCGUGUGACAGCCACGGCGCCGCUCUCCUCCCGGUGUGCGCUCCCCGCGUUUCACACCUCCUCCUCCGCCUCCUCCUCCUAGGAAAAGAGAAGAAGGGGGAAAAAAAAAAACAUUUGGCAGCUGUUGGGGGGAAAAAACCGAUCGCGAAGCAAAGCGCAGUCAUGGACGAAACGGAUAUCAUGGACUUAACGCAUCAGAAAGCGAGAAAGCGACCGCGUCCAAUCAGUUGCGCGGACGACUCCGUGCACGCGUCCCUCAAACGGCUGCCGAUGCGAGCGGCGGAGUGCAGGGAGAGCUCGCUGAUGUUCGCCGUCAGAGGAGAGCCGGUCCCCGCAGCUUCUCUCAAGCAAAAUGACCAUUCGGUGACCACGUCGCCAACCGCAGUCAUGCCUGUGCAGGAUAGUCGCUCCAGCAUGUCCCGGCCCAUGAUCACACGGUCACCAGUGUCUCCUCUGAGUAACCAGGGCAUCCCAACACCUGCACAGCUCACCAAAUCCAACGCCCCCGUGCACAUCGACGUAGGCGGACACAUGUACACCAGCAGUCUGGCCACCUUGACGAAAUACCCAGAAUCCCGAAUCGGUCGACUCUUUGAUGGCACAGAGCCUAUAGUGCUGGACAGCCUCAAGCAGCACUACUUCAUUGACAGGGACGGACACAUGUUCCGCUACAUCCUCAACUUCCUCAGGACGUCCAAGCUCCUCAUCCCAGAUGACUUCAAAGACUACAGCCUGCUGUAUGAGGAGGCGCGGUACUUCCAGCUUCAACCCAUGCUUGCUGAGCUGGAGCGCUGGCGUCAGGACCAGGAAUUGGGCCGGGUGUCACGCCCCUGCGAGUGCUUGGUGGUGCGUGUUGCACCCGACCUGGGGGAGAGGAUCACGCUCAGCGGUGACAAGGCCCUCAUUGAAGACGUGUUUCCAGAGAUUGGUGACGUCAUGUGCAACUCUGUCAAUGCCGGGUGGAACCACGACUCCACGCAUGUCAUCCGUUUCCCGCUCAAUGGGUACUGCCACCUCAACUCUGUCCAGGUUUUAGAGCGUCUGCAACAACGUGGCUUUGAGAUUGCAGGCUCAUGUGGGGGUGGCGUGGACUCUUCCCAAUUCAGCGAGUACGUCCUGAGGAGGGAACUGAGGAGAACAAGUCUGCGAGGACCCAAUUCAAACAGGAUAAAGCAGGAGCAGCUGGACUAGAAACCUCCUCAGCUGCAGAAGGCACUAGACUUUUCUGUGGCAGCCAAAACGCUGCAGAGCGCUGGGGACAGUUUCUUUGUUGAUGUUUCUGUUUUCUUAAACUUGAGAACCAUCUUGGAGAACUAAAAAGAAAAAAAUAAGACACGCGACAGUUUUUUUUUUUUUUUUUGCCAUAAGAAGAUACAUUUGGUAAGUUUGAAAGUGCAGGGACGAUUGUGAUUGUCGAGCCCCCGAUACAGCAAUUUAAAAAGAAAAAAGAUUUAUAUAGGCAGGAUCUACAAAUGAAGUUUGUUUUAAAACUUGGAGCCUACAUUAGGUGGAUUUCUAUUUUAACCACUUAAAAUAAAAAAAGUAUUGCUGAUGGAGUGUGUUGCAUUAUCUUAUAACCACUGACUAAUUUUGUUGUCUCACUUGCAAAUUGACUGCUUUUAAUCCCGCUGUAUGAAAUCAUUUUUGUGUUGCUUAAAGUACAGAAUGUCUGUCAUAAUUCACAAAGCAUUUAUUUCUGGAUUUAACAUGUUGAAUAUUGUGAUACCAAUGAAGUGGAGUUUUUUUUUUUUUUUCUUUAUGUGGAAGUUAUUUUUAUUGAAUUAUACCAUGAAAUAUUGCAAGUGUCACCACGCUGUAAAAGACAGUUCCACACAUGGUAAAGAAUUGAAUAAAUUAUGGCACACAGUUUGACUAUUUGGGGAGUGUGAACUACUAACCCCCAUCUGCUAUUUUUGGAAUAAUCUAAUUAGAUCAUAAUAUUCCUCUGCGUCAUGACCUGUAAAGUUUUUCAUCAUAUAUGUUUGUGGGUUUUUUUUUUUUGUGCGUGUUUUUUUUUUUUUAAUACUAAAUCUUUUUAAGAAGAUUUGUUGCCUCAGACAUGACUGAGCAGAUUAAAGCUUAUUGUAUACCCAUAUCAAGGUCACAUUUACUUGUAGCACAUAUUAAUAUGAAGUUAGAUAUAAAUGAUUUCUAACAUGAUCGACCCACCUAUGCUCCCUAGAUUUGAGUAAAAAGGAAUGUAGCAAAAAAGAAAAAAGUGAAAAUAAAAGCAGACUAAAGUU